AUGUCCGAAUCGCAGGUUGUUGCACUGUCGAAAGACGAUUCAAAGAGUUACAAACCUCAUCACGAAUUUAAACAAGAUGUCAAGGAAGCACUUGUUGAUCUUAACUUGACAGAAUCUAAUGAGCUUUGGCUGCUUAAAUUGCCAUUUUCCAAUGAUUUGUUAGCUGACAUUGAUGGGCAGGAAUUGUUGGUCAAACUUGAUAAGGACGGCACCUUGGCCAGCUUUGAGGGCGCGUCUGGGAAAGCGUAUGAUUUUGUCAGCUUUGCUUCCAUGGAGCCUGACGAAACAGUUUUUGUUCCCUCUGCUACAGAAUUGAAAAUCGCUGGAAAGAUUUCACGUCGUGUUUCUGUUGUCCAUUACCAUGAUCCUAAAGAACUCGAAAAGAUUAGUACAACUGAUGCAAAAAAAGCACUUCUAAAUUCUAUAGCCGCGACUCCUGGAAAUUUUUCACGUACGUCAGCAUCAAAAAGUAGUAGUAGACUAAAGAGCUCAUUAUCUGAAUUUUCUGAACGAUCAAAUACAAAAAGAAGAACCGGUGAGAACAAAUCUAAUGCAAGACCUCGUGAAGUAGCAAGUGGUUUUAACUCCGUCGCAUCUGCAAUCUCUUCUGAUCAUUCUCAUGGAGGAAAGUCAAACGCUUCUGCAAUGUCUUCUGAUCAUUCUCAUGGAGGGAAGUCAAACGCUUCUGCAAUGUCUUCUGAUCAUUCUCAUGGAGGAAAGUCAAAGAGAAGUAAACAUUCGGAGUAA